AUGAGGUCUUUCUUGUUGGGCUUGUCUGUAUUCCUCUUGGUUGGUGGGGCACUUGCUGGAAAAAAGAUAGCCAUUCCCUCCAGCUUUGAUAAGAAUUACUACGUUGCAUGGGCACAAGAUCAUGUCCAGUUCCUACACCAAGGAAAAGAAGUCCAGAUCUCCAUGGACAAAGCCUCUGGAUCUGCUAUAGCAUCAAAAAUGGUCUAUGCAUCUGGGUUCUUUAAUAUGAGGAUCAAGGUACCAGUUGGGGACUCUGCCGGCGUUGUUACAGCAUUCUAUCUGACCUCACACUCGGAUAUUCAUGAUGAGCUGGAUUUUGAGUUCCUGGGAAACAAAGAAGGGAAGCCUCACUACCUCCAAACAAAUGUCUAUACAAAUGGUGUAGGGAAUAGAGAGCAGAGAUUUCUUCUAUGGUUUGAUCCCUCUGCACGUUUCCAUACUUACAGAGUACUCUGGAACACACAUCAAAUAGUGUUUUUCGUGGACGAUACUCCCAUUAGGGUUUUCAGGAACAAAGCAAAGAUAGGAGUCCAUUACCCAUCACAACCAAUGCAAGUAGUAGGAAGCAUAUGGGAUGGAGACAGUUGGGCAACAGAUGGAGGUCAAACAAAGGUUAACUGGACUGUAGCACCAUUCAAGACCUACUUUCGGAAUUUUGAUAUUGAUGCUUGCCCUUCUUCUAAAUUGCCUCAGCUUUGCUAUUCUCCCAAGUUUUGGUGGAACAGAGACAAGUAUUCGAAUCUAAACUCCACUCAGCAGAAACGAUAUCUCUAUGUCAGGAAGAAUUACAUGGUCUAUGACUACUGUUCCGACAAAACUAGGUACCCCGUGCCCCCUCCAGAAUGUGAUGCAACAUGA